AUGCAGUUGUUUGGCUUUCCUGACAAUAAACCAGACGGCUGGUUGUGGGAGCAAGGCAGCCGGGAGCCCCUGACCAGUGGGGCUCUUGCCUGCAAUGGCGAAGUGGGUCGGAAGGAGUGGGAGGCGGGACUCUCCAUCAGGGACAGAGUUCUCGCGCGCCGGAAGCGGAAGGGGAAGCGGCGAGUCUCCAUGGCGGCGGCGGCGGCGGCGGGUCCGGUGUUCUGGAGGCGGCUGCUGGGCCUCCUGCCUGGCCGCCCCGGGCUGGCCGCGCUCCUGGGGCGCCUGUCCGACCGCCUCGGCAGGAACCGGGACCGCCGGCGCAGGAGGUCACCAUGGCUGCUGUUGGGUCCUUUGCUGUCCCCGACUGUCCCCCAGGUCACUUCCCCUCCUUGCUGCCUGUGUCCAGAGGGCGUGCACAGGUUCCAGUGGAUCAGAAACCUGGUUCCAGAGUUUGGAGUCUCCAGUUCUCACGUCAGGGUGCUUUCUUCCCCAGCAGAGUUUUUUGAGCUCAUGAAGGGGCAGAUAAAAGUCGCCAAGAGACGGGUUGUGAUGGCAUCCCUCUACCUGGGGACAGGUCCUUUGGAGCAGGAGCUGGUGGAUUGCCUGGAAAGCACUCUAGAAAAGUCCCUCCAAGCAAAGUUUCCUUCAGACCUCAAGGUGUCCAUUCUCCUGGACUUUACACGGGGCUCUAGAGGUAGGAAGAACUCGCGCACAAUGCUGCUCCCGCUCUUGCAGAGGUUUCCAGAACAGGUCCGAGUCUCCCUCUUCCACACGCCUAACCUCCGAGGACUGCUCCGGCUCCUGAUCCCUGAGCGCUUCAAUGAGACCAUCGGCCUCCAGCACAUUAAAGUGUACCUCUUUGACAACAACGUCAUCUUGAGUGGUGCAAACCUGAGUGACUCGUACUUCACCAACCGCCAGGACCGCUACGUGUUCUUGCAGGACUGUCCCGAUGUUGCGGACUUCUUCACGGAGCUGGUGGACGCCGUGGGGGACGUGUCCCUGCAGUUGCAGGGGGACGACACGGUGCAGGUGGUGGAGGGGAUGGUGCAUCCUUACAAAGGUGACUGGGCUGCAUAUUGCAAGGCAGCCAAUAAGAGGGUUAUGGAUGUGAUCAACUCAGCCAGGACCCGCCAGCAGAUGCUGCAUGCCCAGACCUUCCACAGUGAUUCCCUUUGGACCCAGGAAGACACAGAAGCUGCUGGUGACCAGAGGCCAGCCCCUGACACCUGGAUUUACCCACUGAUCCAGAUGAAGCCCUUUGAGAUUCAGAUUGACGAGAUUGUCACCGAGACCCUGCUGACAGAGGCCGAGCGAGGCGCUAAGGUCUACCUUACCACCGGCUACUUCAACCUGACCCAGGCUUACAUGGACCUGGUCUUGGGCACGCGGGCCGAGUACCAGAUCCUGCUGGCCUCCCCAGAGGUGAACGGUUUCUUUGGGGCUAAGGGGGUGGCAGGUGCCAUCCCUGCCGCCUACGUGCACAUCGAGCAGCAGUUCUACAGUGAGGUGUGCAGCCUGGGGCAGCAGGAGCGGGUCCAGCUGCAGGAGUACUGGCGGAGGGGCUGGACGUUUCAUGCCAAAGGCCUCUGGCUGUACCUGGCAGGGAGCAGCUUGCCCUGUCUCACGUUGAUUGGCUCUCCUAAUUUUGGGUACAGGUCAGUUCACCGGGACCUGGAGGCCCAGAUUGCCAUUGUGACGGAGAGCCGGGCCCUGCAGCAGCAACUUCACCAGGAGCAAGAGCAGCUCUACCUGAGGUCAGGUGUGGUGUCCUCCACCACCUUCGAGCAGCCGAGUCGGCAGGUGAAGCUGUGGGUGAAGAUGGUGACUCCGCUGAUCAAGAACUUCUUCUGAGGACAGACAGGAAUGGCCUUGAUGAAGAUGACGGGCAUGGCUGGCGUCAGCUCCUUUAGCCGAGCUUCAGCAAUGACUCCGGUCUGGAUGUCCCAGC